AUGACCAUGUCCAAGACGGAGGAGGAUGACGGUCGCGAUCAAUACGAGCCCCUCCGGCGCCUGGCCAUGGUGCAGCUUCAGCCGCCCAGAAACCCGGGCAAACCUUACACCUCGUUCUGCAUCAGAGACAUACUUGGCAUCGCUAGCAUGGAGUCGGAGACAAACAUCCAGAAAUGCAGCAACCCAAAUUCUCACAAUGAGCUUGGUGAUCAUCGACCACAGAAACCUAAACCCCGAGGACCGGCUGGCGAACAGAGCGAGUUUGUGAAAACCCACAAUCAGCCUUGCAGACAUGACGGCAACCAGAAAAAGGGCAGUAUUGGCAGAGACACGGAAGCCGAGAUGAUGAACACUUGCAGGAAGGAGAAGCACAAGUUGGCUUUGAAACCGUCGUUGUCAUUGAUGUCCUUGAAUCGAUCAGCCGUGUCCAACGGUCGGCACAGACCUACAGUCUCCGGAUUAACCAGUUCCUGUCAGUACUUGGCUCAUAGCGACCUACUGCACAUAGCUGCACACAACACACCUGUCAACCUGACCACGAAAAUUGUGCGACCUUGGAACAACGACCUUGAAGCUCCAUCUCCAUCAGCGAACUCUAGGUCGUCUGCCCAGACUCCUGGAACUAUUCUGACCGCCAGCGAAGCGUCUUCAGACGAGGAUGAAGAGAUCUCAGUUGACGACGACGAACCGCCGAUAAAAAGUCUAGCCUGCAGCAGUAGCAAGAACAAGGCUGUCUCUCCGCUGGACGCCCUCAUGGCCAUGACCAGUAAAACAUUUGAGGGUCUGGACGGAGGCAGCUCUGCUGAUGUUCGGCGCAGAGAUCAGACGACACUGUUCGGGAAGCAUCAACCGCCAAAGAAGAGACGGAAGUCGAGGACGGCUUUCAGCAACCAGCAGAUCUACGAGCUAGAGAAGAGAUUUCUCUACCAGAAGUACCUGACCCCAGCCGAUAGGGAUGACAUUGCCGCCAGCCUGGGACUGACCAAUGCCCAGGUCAUUACCUGGUUCCAGAACCGCCGAGCCAAACUCAAACGAGAUUUGGAAGAGCUGAAGAAUGACGUCACAGCCGCCAAGAAACUGCCCACGCCAAAGAUAACUCCACCGGGACCUUUCGGUGAAAUGGAUCUCAGGAGAGUGCAGGAGAAAACCCUGAGAGACUCGUUCAACAAUGGCGGUUUGCAGUCGCCCUCUUCGUCCUCCUUGGCUAGCCUCAGCGACGAAACACGAGAUACAUGCAGUACGCCAGUUCAUAGUCCUGAUCAAGCUGGUGUCGACGACGAAGAUGAGGAAGACCUUACCUGCUCCACCCAACACGAAGAGCCCAUGGACACUAAAUGUUGUGGUGACGAUGGAAACAAUGAAUAUCAUGUGAACAGCGAUGUCAGAAGUACAACCACAAAUGAGAAAAUCCCAAACAGAGAUCAAUUUCGGCCGCAGGAGAAAUUCCAGGGAAGCCUUGAUUCCCAGCCACGUGAUCGUGACGACGGAGAUAUCUCUGAGACUAGUUUCGCACACAAUACGCAGAGCCAUUUUGUCUCCGAUGUUUCCGUAUGA